AUGGCAUGUGCGAGUGGAAGCAACACCAGUUUACUAAUAUUAAUGAACCAGUCUAGACUCAGUCCCCAAAGCCAAAAGGGUCAACAACGAAUUCAUUCCUCUUUAGGUGCUUCUUUUCCCUUUCGAAGUGCAGGAAGAAGAACAAAGGUUUGUUUCAUGAGUAUGGCAAAACCAGUAGUAAAAGCAGAGACCUUGACUAUUGAGAAGUCUGGAAUUAAGGUUGUAAGGAACCCUCCUGAGUCCAAACUCACUGAACUUGGUGUUCGCAAAUGGCCCAAGUGGGGUUGUCCUCCUAGCAAAUUUCCAUGGACAUAUUCUGCCAAAGAGACAUGCUAUCUUCUGGAGGGCAAAGUAAAGGUGUACCCUGAUGGGUCGGAUGAGGCUGUUGAGAUUUCUGCAGGUGACUUGGUUGAGUUCCCGAAAGGAAUGAGCUGCACUUGGGAUGUUUCAGUUGGCGUAGACAAGCACUAUAACUUCGAGUAA